AAUACACUUCCUCAUAAAAUACCCCAAACCUAACUUAGUAUGUAAGAAAAUUUCUAUCUAUCCAAUACAACAUAAUAAUAGGAUUCUAGACUUUGGGGAAAACAACUUGGUCGCUGAUUGCGGCAAAAAGUCGUUUGCCAUCCACCAGUGUGACACUUCAAUUGGAACCACCUUCUGCAGAAAAUCUGACUCCUCAACAUGCGCUCAAUAAUUGGUUUCCGGAACUGUCGCCCAGUGCAGCACCAUUCCAGGCCACCUCAGUCCAAUAACAACAAUCGACGACGGCAUUCUCAUCAUCAACGAUGCGGCUGCGAGACUUCAACACGAUGGCAGCCCUAAAAACCUUCCUAGGGGCACAUAUUUGGUAACCUUCGACGACUACGUUACGUAUCAAUGGUAGCCUACGUAAACAUCACGGGCCACAAGGAACAGCUGAGCCUGCUAUUUCUUCACGAUCUUAGCCUGAAAAAUUUCCAACACAUCGAGCGCCUUAAAGAAGAAAUUGUAACGAAGCCACUUUUGUCCAGCGGUAUUACUUUAGUAAUCGUUUCGGUGUGCCUCUUCAUCACCUAUCAACUCCACCGACGUUGCGUUCGUAACCGCCAAAGUAAAUUGACAGCUGUACUAAAAUCUACGCUGAAGAAGUCCGAGGGCGGCCUUCACUUAAAGGAGGGAGGAGUCAGCAUGGAACCCAAAGGUGUUGCAAGACCGGAUGCAAUUCUUCAAAUCGGCAGUCUGAAAGAAUGAAAUCCGAUAACCGAGUGGUCGGGGAAUGCACCGGGCACGUUAGGGCCGUUAGCCAAAGCGGCCAAGUAAUGCAGCGGGCUAUGCAGCGGAUGGGAACUACAAGGUCAGCAUUCUGCUCAUAGCCACGCCGUCGAUUCUGACCGUCGCUGCCGACGUCGGGCUU